AUGCAUGAUCGAAUUAAUGACAAUCCUGUUUCUAAAAGUGGAAGUUACUGUUCUAAAAUAAUAACUGCACAGCAUCCUCUGCCCAACCAAUCAGAAUGUAGGAAAAUCUACAGAUAUGACGGAAUCUACUGUGAAUCUACCUACCAGAACUUACAAGCCUUGAGAAAGGAGAAAUCCCGAGAUGCUGCUCGCUCCCGCCGGGGAAAAGAAAAUUUUGAGUUCUAUGAAUUGGCCAAGUUGUUGCCACUUCCUGCAGCCAUCACCAGCCAGCUUGACAAGGCCUCCAUCAUUAGACUUACAAUUAGCUAUCUGAAAAUGAGGGACUUUGCUAACCAAGGGGACCCUCCGUGGAACUUGAGAAUGGAAGGCCCUCCACCUAACACUUCAGUAAAAGUUAUAGGUGCACAACGAAGGCGAAGUCCCAGCUCACUAGCCAUUGAAGUAUUUGAAGCACAUUUGGGAAGUCACAUUUUACAGUCCCUGGAUGGAUUUGUAUUUGCACUAAAUCAAGAAGGAAAAUUUUUGUACAUUUCUGAGACUGUCUCCAUCUACCUAGGCCUCUCACAAGUGGAGCUGACAGGAAGCAGUGUCUUUGACUAUGUCCACCCUGGGGACCAUGUGGAAAUGGCAGAGCAGUUGGGCAUGAAGCUCCCGCCUGGGCGGGGUCUCCUCUCACAGGGCACCGCUGAGGAUGGAGCCAGCUCAGCAUCUUCCUCCUCUCAGUCAGAGACUCCUGAGCCAGUGGAGUCAACAAGCCCCAGUCUGCUAACCACUGACAACACCCUUGAGCGUUCCUUUUUCAUCCGAAUGAAAUCAACUCUGACCAAACGUGGCGUGCAUAUCAAAUCAUCAGGAUAUAAGGUGAUUCAUGUAACAGGCCGGCUACGUCUGAGAGUCUCACUGUCUCACGGGAGGACUGUCCCUAGCCAAAUCAUGGGUCUUGUGGUUGUGGCUCAUGCCUUGCCUCCCCCUACAAUCAAUGAAGUCAGGAUCGACUGCCAUAUGUUCGUCACACGAGUAAAUAUGGACCUCAAUAUCAUUUACUGUGAAAAUAGGAUUAGUGAUUAUAUGGAUCUGACUCCUGUUGACAUUGUAGGCAAGAGAUGCUACCACUUCAUUCAUGCCGAAGAUGUUGAAGGCAUCAGGCACAGUCACUUGGACCUGCUGAAUAAGGGUCAGUGUGUGACGAAGUAUUACCGUUGGAUGCAGAAGAAUGGAGGAUAUAUUUGGAUACAAUCUAGUGCCACAAUAGCUAUUAAUGCCAAGAACGCAAAUGAGAAGAAUAUCAUCUGGGUGAAUUAUCUACUUAGUAAUCCUGAGUACAAGGACACACCGAUGGACAUUGCACAGCUUCCUCAUCUACCCGAGAAAACCUCCGAAUCCUCAGAAACCUCUGACUCUGAGUCAGACUCAAAAGACACCUCAGGUAUUACAGAGGACAAUGAGAACUCCAAGUCUGACGAAAAGGGAAACCAGUCCGAGAACAGCGAAGACCCAGAGCCGGAUCGAAAGAAGUCGGGCAAUGCGUGCGACAAUGACAUGAACUGCAAUGAAGAUGGCCACAGCUCCAGCAACCCAGACAGCCGCGACAGUGAUGACAGCUUUGAGCACUCGGACUUUGAGAACCCCAAGGCAGGCGAAGACGGCUUCAGCGCGCUGGGCCCUAUGCAGAUCAAAGUGGAGCGCUACGUGGAGAGCGAGUCGGACCUGCGGCUGCAGAACUGCGAGUCGCUCACAUCCGACAGCGCCAAGGACUCGGACAGCGCAGGCGAGGCGGGCGCACAGGCCUCCAGUAAGCACCAGAAACGCAAGAAGAGGCGGAAAAGGCAGAAGUGCGGCAGCACCAGCCGCCGCCGCCUGUCCAGCGCCUCGAGUCCCGGGGGCCUGGAUGCGGGCCUGGUGGAGCCCCCGCGGCUACUGUCCUCCCCCAACAGUGCCUCCGUGCUAAAGAUCAAGACUGAGAUCUCGGAACCCAUCAACUUCGACAAUGACAGCAGCAUCUGGAACUACCCACCCAACCGGGAGAUCUCCAGGAACGAAUCUCCCUACAGCAUGACCAAGCCCCCGGCCUCCGAACACUUUCCGUCCCCCCAGGGCAGCGGCGGUGGCGGCAGUGGCGGUGGCAGUGGGUUGCACGUGGCCAUCCCCGACUCGGUCCUCACGCCGCCAGGCGCUGAUGGCGCAGCAGCCCGCAAGACACAGUUCAGCUCCUCGGCCACCUCGGCCUUGGCCCCUGUCGCCUCUGAUCCGUUGUCGCCCCCACUCUCAGCGUCCCCGCGGGACAAACACCCAGGGGGUGGCGGCGGGGGUGGCAGCGGGGGCGGUCCCAGCGCCUCCAACUCCUUGCUGUACACUGGGGACCUAGAGGCACUGCAAAGGUUGCAGGCGGGCAACGUGGUGCUGCCACUGGUUCACAGGGUGACCGGGACCCUGGCCGCCACCAGCACGGCUGCACAAAGAGUCUACACCACAGGCACCAUCCGCUAUGCACCUGCCGAGGUGACCCUGGCCAUGCAGGGCAACCUGCUGCCCAACGCGCAUGCUGUUAACUUCGUGGACGUUAACAGCCCCGGCUUUGGCCUUGACCCCAAGACGCCCAUGGAGAUGCUCUACCACCACGUGCACCGGCUCAACAUGUCUGGACCCUUCGGCAGUGCUGUGAGCGCGGCCAGCCUGACGCAGAUGCCCGCUGGCAAUGUGUUCACCACGGCUGAGGGACUCUUCUCCACGCUGCCCUUCCCAGUCUACAGCAACGGCAUCCACGCCGCACAGACUCUGGAGCGCAAGGAAGACUGAGGCGCAGCCCAGCAAUGCGCAGGGCUCCACUCGGAGGCAUCGUCGGCGUUUUCCUUUAGACCUUUAAUUCUAGCACUUUGAAUUUGAGCAGGUCAGCAUCUUCUCUCAACACGAUGGUCACCAUUUCCAUCCCCCUUUCCUUUAACUUGACUUUUCUUUUGU